UUGGUCAACAAACCGCAAGAACGCGUGUGAAGCGAAUAUUUACAACAACAAAUAGAGCGUGUUUUUGUCCCAUAAAACGCAAGGGGUUUCGUAGGCUGUCGUAAGAAAGGGGUCAAUAUAAACCAACAACUAAUACAAACAAAUUAAUAAAAAAAGAAAAAAUAAAUACAAUGGCCUUUAGUUAAAUGUCAUGAAUUACCAAUAAUUUGCAAUAAAUUACAAACGGCAACGAGAAAAUAAAACCAAAUUAAAUCAAAAGUGUAACGAGCUGUUAAGCAAAUGAAAUUUUCUUUUAAUAUCAAAUUGUAUAAUGUGAAGUUAGUGAACAAGAAAAUAUGUGAAUGAAAUCAAAGAAUUUAUUUAAGAAAAACUACAUAAAAGUAUUUAUAGUCGAUUUUUUAGUCCACCCAAGUACAUGUAUGCGUUCCGUGCAGAACAGUACAAGUGGCGACACAAAAAAUCCAUAUUUGGAUAAUAGCCAAUAAAUUUUUAACCCACUAAUAAGAGGAAUUCAUUAUUGUUGUUCAGUACAGUACGGAGCUGGGUAAAUGAUGGCUACCACAAGCUUCCUCUUGGACACACUUUCGAAUGGAAGUGGGGCCCGUUUGACUUUGGGUUCUGCCGUCCUGGUCUAUCUAAUAGCCUACAAUGAGACAACAGCACCAUGUGUGGUCUUGGCCACCAUAAUGGCAACAUUAUUUGGUAUCUUGGCAGCUCGUUGUAAAACCAGCCUAAAAACUUUACAAAUUCCCUACAUACGAGCCAGCAACAAAUUUGAUUUUGGCUGUCUUUUCUUAGCCACCUGGAUGGAUAUGUUGGCCAUAUUGUGUGCUUGUGGCGCACUGGCUCGUACACUGAGCAUGUGUUUAGAUGCUAUGACUGGUGGUCUGGCUCGUAUUAUGAUUUUGGGCCGCAAUUCACCAGCCAACGAACCAUGGCCAGAUGUUUUGGGUGUUGGUGUAGUGUUUCUAGUAACUGGCAUGUUUAUGUUGGGCCUAGAGCACUCAAAGGCUUUUAGCUUUAUAAUGGCUUUGGCCAUGUUCGGUUUAAAUGCCAUUCUAAGUGCAGUUGGCUGGUGGAAUGGUGAUGCUGUGGCCUGGCAUGAAACAAUUUUGCAGCCAAAUGGUUUCAAAAGUUUUUUAACUGCCACUGCUAUACUAACGUUUUCCUUUCCGGCUGACUAUCCCACACAAAGAACCGGCUGGCAACGUUUUACCGGAUUUUUUCUCAUUUUAUUGGUAACAAUAUCACUACUAUUGGCUUCCGGUUGUUUAACCACUAUUCUACAUUAUAAAGCCGUUGAAGAAUAUGUUGCAGUGCCUCUCUUUCAUAUAUUAGAUGAAAAUAAUUUCCAUAAACUGGUGCCAGCUGCGGCCUGUAUGUUAAUGCUGACUGUAACUGGCGGUUUCUUGGAGCUAUUUCCGGAAUUGUAUCGUAUUAUAGUUAGAUUUGCCACAUCAGAGUGGAGAAUUCUAACCAAACAAAUAGCAUAUGAAAGUAGUGAUAGUGGUAAUCCAGUGCUGGCGGUGUUUAUAGCAGGAAGCUUAUGCGCCAUGUUAUCCUUUGCCUGUCCCUUGCAAAAUCUCAGUCAUAUUUUGGCGGCCAGUCAUUUAUGUGCGGUAUUCUUUAGGGCCUUCUAUUUGCUGUACUCGCCAUUUAGACCAAAAUUUAUAUUACAAUCAAACACCGAUUCUUCUUUAUCCUAUAGCCGUCUGUCAACCGAACCUAUUAGCCAUAGUUCAUCAACUUCACGUUUAAAACGCAGCUUAUGGAAUUUAAGUGUUGGCAAACAGGUGCCUAGUAAAAAGCCUAAAACUAAGCCGAAAAACAAGCAAGAGGUGGAAAAAGAGUGGUUACUAUUGGGUGAACCCACUUCGCCUUGUCCCCAAAGAGAACCCAAAGAUGUGGAGUCUACUAUUUUAUCAGAUGGAGAGCCACCGCCUUCUGAUUUUGAAUAUCCCGAUAAGUUUGAGAAUUCCGAUUCGGAUACAUCGACCGAUAUCGAUGCCAUUGUGGAUGAGUAUAGACAAAAGGUUAAAGUAACCACAGCUGGGCCUUUGGAUCGUACUGCUCGUGUGCCUACCAUCUCUUCUUGGAGAGUAACUAUAUUUGCUAUAGUUGUGGUAUUUUUGGGUAUGGCUUUAAGUUUAGCUGGUAUUUAUAUGCAUUGGCCGCCAGCAGCUUUAACGGGAUCUAUAGGAGUCUUCAUCAUCAGUCUCAUGAUGCCUUUAAUACCCAAAUACACCGGCAGCGUGGUCAAUGUCAGCCCUGUAAUAUGCUGUUCCAGCAUAUUUAUCGGUGGCAUACUGUUCGCUUCAUGUGCUCAAAACUCAUGGCCCGCUAUUGUAUUUUGGAUUGUGGCCGGUCUAAUCAUGCUCAUACGUUGUGAUAAUUUAUGCUGUGCAUGCCUCAAUCAAACGUCCACCAUUAAUGAACAACUAAUACCCAGUGUCUCGGCCAAGACGACGACCACCACAACAAUACGUAUGCCCAGACCACCAAAAGGUAUUGUCACUAUACCCACCCGGGUCAAUGCACCCAGAUGACAAUCCGAGUCCUCGGAGGGCGAAGAUUUGUUCAAUGAGGACUUUAAUAUACAUGAUUUCGAAGAAGAUGAUGACGAUGAAAACAAUGACAGAUGGACUGAGUAAUGGGCGAUGUGGAAUGGGGGAGGAGAAAGAGUAUUAAAUAUUAUAAACGAUAAAAUGUGUUAUUCAAGUGAUUUUUAAAAUGCUUUAAAGUUUUGCCUCAGCAUACAACAACAAAACCAAACAAAAAAAAAUACUAAAUAAUUAAUUGCCAGAAUUGAACAGAAAAAACCAACAACUUUUAAUUAAUAUUAAAAUUUAAAACAAACA